CACAUACAUGGUGGCUUGACCAGCCUCAACUUGAACUAAAGAGGGAUAAUACCUACUAAACAAAUUCUCGAUUCUAUCCAAGUCGUAUUUUCUAGUGCACUGCCCGCGAAGAUAUUGCGAAGGCGACCUUAAUAUGGGCUAUGAUCUUGAUGAGGCACUGGCCGGCCUUAACCUUCAGAUUCCAGAACAACAGCUUGUGCACACCAAUGUCUCGAGCCAGCCUUUGGAUGUUUGUCGUUAUUGUCUUGCCGAGGUCCUGACCGGUACCGUUGGAGGCAGCCUUGAGACAGCUUUUGAAUCAAUCCAACUGUCCAACAAUCCCCUUCAUGGUGACUUCACAGUCGUUCUACCCAAACUCUGUCCUGGUAGCAACGCUGAGGAAGUAGCGACGACGCUAAUCGAGAAGUUCCCUACGGAUCAUUCCCUUUUCUGUCUCCCAUGGUCGGAUGGAGUUCGCCUACGCUUCUGCUUGAAACCCGGCACUUUUGCUCAACUCUUGAUUCCUUUCAUAAUCGCGCGCAAAGAGAACUAUGGCUUGAACAAAUCUUUUCCAGAACAUGCCAGCCCAACCAACGAAGACGUACCGCCCCGAAUCGUCGUGGAGUUCUCCUCACCAAACAUUGCAAGUGAGUUUCAAGGGAAACACCUCCGCAGCACCAUCCUCGGCGCUUUCAUCAGCAAUAUCUACGAGAAGCAUGGGUGGUAUGUCACAAGAUUCAACUAUCUUGGCGAUUGGGGUAAGGACAUUGCCCUGCUAGGGAUAGGGUGGGAGAAGUUCGGAUCAAACGAGGCUUUUGCCAAUGAUCCCAUCACUCACCUACUAGAUAUCUACCAAAAGAUUCAUGAACUCUUUCUGCCAGAGCUACUGGCAAGCAAAUCGGCCCGUGACGAAGCGAAGAAGAAUAAUGAGAAUGAGCAAGAGGUCACGGCAGUGAUCGAAGGAAAAGGGCUGUUCGCUGAGCGAAACGAAUUUUUCAAGAGAUUGGAGGAAGGUGACGAUGCUGCAGUUUCUCUGUGUCAACGAAUCCGAGAAGUAAUGCUCGAUAACUAUCGGAAUUUCUAUGGACGGUUGGGGAUCAAAUUCGACAUCUACUCAGGAGAAUCAGAAAUCCGGUCUGAGACCAUGAGCGAGAUUGAAGAUCUUAUGAGGGAGAGAGGCCUACUUGAGGAAAUUGGUGGCUCGUGGGUUAUUGACAUGAAGAAUUGCGGUGCAAAGUCUGGCAUUGCAAUCAUUCGCGACCGUUCCGGCAGCAGUACAUAUUUCCUCCGCUAUCUUGCCGCCGUAUUGGAUCGGUCGCGAAAUCUCGCCUUCGACAAGAUGAUUUUCGUCGCAGCCGACAAAACGGGUCAUUACUCCCGUCUCAUCAAGGUGUUCGAAGCGUUGGGGUUGAAAGAGCUCGCCGACAAACUGCAACAUGUCUCCUUCAACGAUACUUCGCAUAUGAUCGACAGUAUUGGUCAUGGCCAACAGCCUCACGAAAUACUAGAUCAAUGUGAGAGUGGAGCACUGGAUGCGUUGGAGGAGAACAAGAAGAUCACUGGCAUGCUUGGAACCUCGAAGAGUACAGCUGAGGCUAUCGGUACUACGAUGAUUAUCUGCCAAGAACUUGCAACUAAAAGAGCCAGCGAUCAUGCUUUCGAUUUGAAGAGCAUGACGAACUUCAAGCCUGGGACUGGUCUCUACUUCGAGUUUUGGAAUGCCAAACUGCAUGAAUAUCUCCAGGCGCAUCCACCCAACUAUGAUCUUCUACCAGACGAGUACCAACAAUUAGUAGAAGAGGACCAGACCAGUCUUCUCUUAGUCCUAGGGCAGUAUCCAGAAAUUGUGCAAACCGUACUGAAGUCUCUUGAGCCAGCGACUAUAGUCACAUACCUGCACAAUGUUAUCGCUCAUCUGGAGGAUGUUUUCGCCGAGGACAAUGAGGAGCAAGACGACGCUGCUGACGCAGUAAACCCGGGGAAUAAGGAUCAAAAUGAUAUUUUUGAAGAAGAUGUAGAAGACGAAGAAGAUGCUGACGGGGAUCGGAUCGCCGAGGCUGCUGAAUGCAUGCUUUACGAAGCUACACGUCAGGUAUUAGAGAAUGGUAUGAGACUACUCGGCUUGGUGCCAUUAGUUGGACGUGCUGAAGAGCAUUCUCGUGUGGACACGCCGGUUGGAACUUGAAGGAGUAUGAGGUGCGCUGUUAACGGCCUGCAGUGUCCAUGAGAACAGGGCUUCCUCUCGAAAAUUGUGACAGUGUGACGUUAUGUUUUAUGCGGUUUCUUCUCCUGGCUCGACUUGUUUACAUUUAUUUCAUUGACUAUAACGU